UAAAACCUUUGCUGCGAUUAAUCGUUAGUGCCUGUUGCUAUUUCUUGCCCUUUCAACCUUGAACAGCUGACCUCCGACACCCAGCCGGUCUUUAAAUCGCCCGGAAACAAGGUCAACAGUGGUCGGAACCGCCGUGAUGCGUAGAAAAGUCGGAGCACGAUAAGAUAGCCCAGCCCCCCACCCGGGGUACUCCUCGACAUGGCCUUACUACCACCGGAUCCGGUUUUCUGCCUGAAACCGCUCGAACCUACCUCCUACUACUCGCUGUGCUUCCGCACACCGGAACAUCUGUAUGCCGGCACCGCGAAGGGCACCGUCCAGCUGUGGGAACUACAGACAAACCGUACCUCGUACCAGCUGUCGGUGGGCAGCAGUGCCGUCCUCAACCUGGCCCACACCGAUGACGCCUUACUGACGCAGGAGAAGGACGGAGCGGUGAAGCUGUGGGCGCUGGCCGAUGGCGACUACGUGCUGCGCCAUGAAAUUUCGACCGAACACAUCGGCUUCUGUCGGAUGGCGCACGAUGCCCCGUCCGGCACUGUGAUAAUACCCGGCGAAGGAUCGGCCAUCAGUGUGCUGUGUGCCAAAACGUUCAGCGAAACGAUGCGAUUCACACCACCGCCACCGUCAACGAGCGCCUCCGCGACCACUGCCGCCACCGGUUCUCCGUAUGGCUCUGUUAUGUGCUUCCGGCCGAUCGAACUGCAAAGCCAACGGUACCUGCUGGCGGGCUACGAGUCCGGUGCGCUGGUCUUGUGGGACUAUCGCACCGGGCGGCCGGUUGCUGGAGAAACGGUCCAGCUGCGGACGGCCGAUGGCGACUGUCUGUUCACGGUGGACUACGAUCCCGUCACGAACCGCGGUGUGGCCGGUGGAUCAUCGGACCGGCUGUUCAUUUUCUCGAUCGACCGCAAAACGCAGCAAGUGGCCCGGAAGAUGGAGAUUACCAUCAAGAACCCGGGCAUUCACCGGGUCACCAUCCGACCGGAUCUGAAGGUGUUCGCCAGUGCCGGCUGGGACGGACGGAUUCGAAUCUUCUCUUGGAAAAGCCUGCGGCCGCUGGCCGUGCUAACGGAACACAAGGGCGAGCUGCUGGACAUCGGCUACUCGAACGGCAAGGUGACGAUGUGGAACGCACCGAUCAUGGCCGCGGCCGGCACCGAUGGGCAGAUUUCGCUAUGGGAUCUGUACAAAUGAAUGACUCUAGGGACACCGAAACAACAGAAACACCUCACACACACACACACACAGGGGACGGGAGAUCUUGGGCGAUGGAUUGUUCGCUUGUGUUUUCUUUUUUUAGCAUUUACGGGCCUUGCCAUGUGGUUAUAUAUUAGCUAUUGUGAAUAAAAACAAACAAUACACUGUGCGCACAGCUUGUGCGUCUG